GUGGAGGAAGCACAGCACAGCCAGGUAUCUUUCUUUGACAUUUGAUGCGCCAGACAGUUAAUUUUUUUAAACACUUCCUUGGGCUUGACGACGGGGACUUGAUUGAAACACUCUGCUUGGAGAGACAGGUAUAUCGAAGAAGCAAGAUACAAACGGCAGAGAUAUAAUCGACGACUGGCUCGACACAACCCCAUCAUAAUAAACCCCCAGGAGCAUUCCGAGCUCCUUACCGAGUACACGGAUCCCAUCCAGACUUUUGCGACCGCGCGCGCGUUCCCUCCUCGAGAUAUGCCCCGAUAGCGAGACGUUCCAUACCCACCGUACACGACGAUAACAAAAUGGCCCGCCGCCGCCGCCCCCCUCGCCCAGGCUCCCUCUCCGAACUCCCCCCCCUCAAAAUCGCCUCCCAGAUCCUCGCCCUCCAGGCGCUGUACUACACCUUCAGCUUCACCCUCCUCCUCUUCUCCGCCCUGGUAGCGGGCACAGCAUUCACCCUCGACCUGGUGCUGGGAUGGCAGAGCAUAAGAGGGGACACGACGCAGGGGUGGCUUUGCGGGUUCCUCGCGAUGCUGAACGGGGGGGUGUUGAUGGGCGCCGCGAUAGUAGUCCUGAUAGGCCGAUCCAAACUCGUCACCGACUUUGCCCUCUCCCUCCACUUCAUCCACCUCGUCGUCGUCACCUUCUACACGGGCGAGCUCCCGAAGCACAUGGCCUGGUGGGUGAGCAUGGCCUGCGCUAGCGUGCUGGGGGUGGUGCUCGGGACUUGGGGGUGUAGGUAUAGGGAGCUGAAGCCGAUUUCGUUUGGGGGGAAUGGUGCCGGCAACAAUAACGGGCAUGCGAGGGGGCAGUCGCAGCCUGGGGAGCUGAGGAACUCGAAUGAGCAUGUGAGGGGGGCGGGGGACGGGGAGGAAGAUCUGGAGCAGGGGUUUAGCAGGGGACGGGGGAGGGGGAGGGGGAGGGAUGGUGGGGGGGGGUAUGAGAUGGUUGAUAUGCCGCCGGGGGAGGGGUCGGGCACGAGGUGAUGAUAUAAGGGAAGGGUGGGUUCUUCCCCGUGCUCAGGGAACGCCGGGAAAAAAGAAUUGUAUUAUUUGGUAUCAUAGAUGGGAAAGCGCAGGGGUUUUUUUGUUUGGCUGGCGUUUGGGGGUUGCAAAUGUAUGAUUCUCGAAAUCGGGAGAUAGAUGGUUUGGAAUGGAUGGCGCUCUGAAGAACAGGGGUAGAUGUAUAUUUGGGGGUAUCUUCUAGUGUGGAUGCGGAGAGGGAGAAUAUAGUAGACAUUCUUCGUCACUGCGUGGGAUUCUUGCUGGGAGCUCAGCCAUGACAUUUAGAGGACCGGGGGCCUUUUGACACUUUGUGUUGGCAUUUCUCACGAUUACAAGGGGGCACAGCCAUCGAAACCAUGUGCAAGUCCACUAUACAACAGCGAGCA